CAUAAAUACCUUCAAAAACUCUGAUAUCCAAUCCGUGCACAGACCUAGUUCUUACUUUUAUAGUAACAAUUUACUAUUUUACUGUAUGUACUACCUUCUACAACAAUCGCUGUCAAAGAGUUACCGCGAUAUCUCUAGUGUCGACCCCACUGAAUUCUCAGAGCUUGACUUUCUCUCGUCUCGGAAAAUCUAUCUAAGAACAAAUCACAGCCGCUUAUUUUACACGUGCAUUUAAGAAACAUGCAAACAUUAUUACCAAACUGUCCUCUCUCAGACACUCCUUAAACCUCUCCUCUCGCUCGGUAUAUUUGUCAAUCGGAGACUGCCUUUUUUCAUAAUCGUCAACAAGAAAAAAAGGUAUUCAUGCAAACUUUUCUACAAUAUUUUUUAAUAGGCAACUUCACGGAAUCACGGUGACCAAGACUCUAAAGUAACCAGUGUGGUAUUGAAGUCUCCGUCCUUUUUUACAGUAUAAUAUAGUUUCUUUUCAUCUUUCUUUACCUCUAUUGCCCCUGGAUCAUGGAAUAGUAAAUCAUCGCUCUGUACUGCAGACUCUGGAUUCGUUUCAUAUUCCAAGAUCCUCAGGUACUAUGCGUUUGGGUUAACUGACCCAAAACAUUAAAAAAAAGAUGAAGAGAAGACGUUUCUAUGAUUUGAAGCAUCCAUUUGAUCCAUUCCCUUUCGAGAUCUUCUCCUGUGGUACAUGGAACCCUGUUGAAUACAUAAGGAUCCAACAUGGAAAGAUGACAGUACCUCUAUUAGAGAACGGUUAUAUACUGGAAGAUAUACGUCCCUUCCAAAGGCUUCGUCUCAGAUCAAGAAAGGCUACCUUGAACGACUGCACAUGUUUCCUCCGACCUGGUAUCGAUGUUUGUGUUCUCUACCCUCUCCAUGAAGAUGACUUGGAACCGGUUUGGAUCGACGCGAGGAUUGUUUCUAUAGAGAGGAAGCCACAUGAAUCUGAAUGCACAUGCGAGAUCUAUGUCAAAAUUUACAUAGACCAAGGCUGCAUUGGAAUGGAAGGACAAAGAAUCAACAGAGACUCCGUGAUCAUCGGUCUAAACCAAAUCUCCAUCCUCCAAAAGUUUUACAAGGAACAAAGUGGUGAUCAGUUUUACAGGUGGAAGUUCUCUGAGGACUGCACUACACUGAUGAAAACAAGACUCUCGUUAGGAAACUUCUUGCCGGAUCUUUCUUGGUUGCUUGUCACUUCGGUAAUGAAAAACAUUGUGUUUCAUGUCAGAACAGUGCAAACAAAGAUGGUUUAUGAGAUUGUAACGGAUGAAGCCUCUAGCAGCUCUUUGAGCUCUAUGAAUAUAACGGUGGAAGACGGUGUCUCUUUAUCCAAAGUGGUUAUGUUUAAUCCUGCGGAUAUAGUAGAUCUUGAAGUGAACCAAGAAACAGAACUCUACUCUGAAGAAGAUGAUGUUGUGGAACUGCGUCGGUCCAAGAGAAGAGUUAUGAGACCGGAUAGGUAUACCGGAUGUGAUUAUCAGCUAGAUACAAAUGAUGGUUGGGUGCGGAUGAUGCCAUACCGGUUUGAAAAGUUGGAUGUAGUUAGUAUGGAAGAUGAGUACUACUACUACGAAGAAGAAGAUAGUGGCCAUGAGGAGGAUGAUGAUACUCAAAAUGAUUUGUUCAAGAUAAAAAGAUCUAAGUCACUUCGAUUGAAACCAAAACGUAGACAAGGUCAGAUUGUUAUGGUAGAGAAGAAGAGAAGACGUGGACCUGGUGUAAAACAAAGGAAGUCUCUACAAGUGAUACCAAAACGUAGACAAGGUCAGAUUGUUAUGAUAGAUAAGAAGAGAGGACGUGAACUUGGUCGGAAAGAGAAGUUUGGGCUGACUGUGAUUCCUUUCACUCCAGUGUUUGAUCCUAUACCAUUGGAACAGUUUGGUCUUAAUGCUAAUAGCUUGGACCAAGGUGGCGGUUUCUCAAGAAACCAGUACUUUGAUGAUAUUGAGAACUACCGAAGCAAGUCUGCUAAGUUUGGUAAGAAAGCAACUGAAAUGGAAGAGAUGAUGGAGUCUGAUCUAUGUUGGAAAGGUCCUAACCACGUGGUGAAGUCGGUUCAAACACGAGUAACCAGAUCAUCAUCGCGGUCAGCUGCUCAAAAGAAUAAGUGUUCUGAUGAACCAAAGGUGUAUAAGAAAGUAACACUAAGCGCAGGUGCUUAUAACAAGCUGAUAGAUGCAUACAUGAGCAACAUCGAUUCAACAAUUGCAUCCUUGAACGAGCCGGCCAGUGUUGUUGACCAGUGGGAGGAGUUAAAGAAGACGAACUUCGCUUCUAAACCGCAUGGAUGGGAGAUGGGAGGAGCCUCUAGUGAGGAUGGUGAGGGAGAGACUUCAGAGAAUGAUAUGUUAUGGAGAGAAAUGGAACUCUGCCUGGCUUCUUCUUACAUUCUUGACGACAAUGAGGUAAGAGUGGACAAUGAGGCUUUUGAAAAAGCGAAAAGUGGUUGUGAACAUGAAUAUAUGCUGGAUGAAGAGAUUGGGAUGUGUUGUAGGUUAUGUGGUCAUGUAGGAAGUGAGAUCAAACAUGUUUCUGCACCUUUUGCUAAACAUAAGAAGUGGACUAUAGAGACUAAGCAGAUAGAAGAAGAUGACAUAAAGACUAAACUGAGCCACAAAAAAUCCACAAGCAAAGACUUCACUAUGUCAAACGAUUCUCCUGAGAUGCUUACAGCUGAAGAAAGUGAUAACGUUUGGGCAUUAAUACCUCACCUUAAGAGGAAACUCCAUAUGCAUCAGCGGCGAGCUUUCGAGUUUCUCUGGAGAAACCUAGCAGGAUCUGUGGAGCCUCCUCUUAUGGAUCCCACUUCAGACAACAUAGGAGGCUGUGUGAUCUCUCAUGCUCCAGGAGCUGGUAAAACUUUCCUAAUGAUUGCUUUCCUCACAAGCUACUUAAAGCUGUUUCCUGGUAAGAGACCUUUGGUUCUUGCUCCAAAAACAACUCUCUACACGUGGUACAAGGAGUUCAUCAAAUGGGAGAUCCCAGUUCCUGUUCAUUUGAUCCAUGGACGAAGAACCUACUGUGUAUUCAAGAAGAACAGUGUAGUUAACUUCAAUAGAGUUCCUAAACCUAGCCAAGAUGUUAUGCAUGUUCUUGACUGCUUAGAGAAGAUACAGAAAUGGCACGCCCACCCUAGCGUUCUUGUAAUGGGUUACACCUCGUUUCUGACUUUGAUGAGGGAGGACUCCAAGUUUGCUCACAGGAAGUACAUGGCCAAGGUGCUAAGAGAGAGUCCUGGCCUUCUUAUUCUCGACGAAGGACAUAACCCUAGGAGUACUAAGUCGAGACUACGCAAAGGGUUGAUGAAAGUUGGUACUGACUUGAGAAUACUUCUCUCUGGCACUUUGUUUCAAAACAACUUCUGUGAGUACUUCAACACUUUGUGUCUAGCUAGACCAAAGUUUGUUCAUGAAGUUCUAAUGGAGUUGGAUAAGAAGUUCAAGGCGAAUCAAGGCGUGAAUAAAGCGCCUCACCUUCUUGAGAACAGAGCUCGUAAGUUCUUUCUUGAUAACAUCGCCAAGAAGAUUGACGCUGGUGUGGGAGAUGAACGUCUUCAAGGUCUCAACAUGCUGAGGAACAUGACUACUAGCUUCAUUGAUAACUAUGAAGGAAGUGGCGGCGGCGAUGCUCUUCCCGGUUUGCAGAUCUAUACGUUGUUGAUGAACUCAACGGAUAUACAGCAUAAGAUCCUCACAAAGCUUGGAAACGUGAUGGCGUCUUAUCACGGGUUUCUACUAGAGCUCGAGCUUCUUGUUACAUUAGCAGCUAUACAUCCUUGGUUGGUCAAGACCUCAGCCUGUUGCGCCAAGUUCUUGAACGCGCAAGAACUUUUAGAGAUCGAAAGGCUCAAGCACGACGCGAAGAAAGGAUCUAAAGUCAUGUUUGUGCUUAACCUAGUGUUCAGAGUGGUCAAGAGGGAGAAGAUCUUGAUCUUCUGCCACAACAUUGCACCGAUCCGUCUGUUUAUAGAACUGUUUGAGAGCAUUUUCAGGUGGCAGAGAGGGAGAGAGAUCUUGACCUUAACGGGUGAUCAAGAGCUUUUCGAGAGAGGUAGAGUGAUAGACAAGUUUGAAGAGCCUGGAAACCCAUCAAGAGUCUUGUUAGCUUCGAUCACGGCUUGCGCAGAAGGGAUUAGCUUAACCGCGGCGUCAAGGGUCAUCAUGCUUGACUCGGAGUGGAACCCUUCAAAGACAAAGCAAGCCAUAGCUCGUGCGUUCAGACCGGGACAACAGAAAGUUGUUUAUGUUUAUCAGCUCCUGUCUAGAGGAACGUUGGAGGAAGACAAGUACAAGAGGACGACGUGGAAAGAAUGGGUUUCGAGUAUGAUAUUUAGUGAGGAUUUUGUUGAGGAUCCGUCUCUUUGGCAAGCUGAGAAGAUUGAAGAUGAUGUUCUUAGAGAGAUCGUUGGGGAAGAUAGAGUUAAAUCUUUCCAUAUGAUCAUGAAGAAUGAGAAGGCUUCAACAGGGUGAUGGUUUAUAUAAGAUAGUAUAAUAAGAGCAUGGAAAUAAACAGAAGCAAUAAGGUUAGUUCUCUGUUUCCUCCAUGGCUUUGAUGAUGAAUGUUAAGUACCUGGAACUCAUGUGUGCCAUGCACUAAUAACGUAUAACUAUGUGAAAAUGUACUUGUAUAAUAUUAACAAUGUGUAAUAUUAAAAAAAUCAAUAAUAAUGUACUGUGAAAUAGUAUUGUGUUUCUAGUGCUA